AUGUCUCUCAUCAACUCAACCAUGACCGCCAAACUCGCCAGCCUCGUCACCCCAAUGAUAGCCAGAGCCGCCGUGAGCCCCAUCACGACACUCCCGGGCACCACCUUCACCAUCACCCAGAUCGAGAGCGGCGUGGUGAAGGGGACCGUGAUCACGCGCGAGCCGAUGACCCUCGACUUCUUCCCUAACACAUCGUCGUCGUCGUCGUCGGUUCCCGUCAUCACCGUGACUCAGACGGUCACUGAGAAGGUUGCCGCGGAGGCUACCUCGAGCGCCACACCCACCACCACCACCACCAGCGUGUCGUCUUCCGAGCCGUCCCCUUCGAUCGUCACCUUGACUCAGACAGUCACGCAAAAGGUCGGGGAGACUACCUCGAGCGUCACGCCUACCACCAGCGUCACGUCUUCCGAGCCGCCCCCUUCAGUCAUCGUCACCAUAACUCAAACAGUCACGCAGAAGGUUGCCGAGGAGACUGCUUCGAGCGUCACGCCUACUUCGAGCGUCACGCCUACCACGAGCGUCACGUCUUCCGAGCCACCUCCUUCGACGAUCGUCAUCGUAACUCAGACGGUCACGCACAAGGCUGAGGAUAAGACUACCUCGAGCGUCACGCCCACCACCACCAGCGUGUCGUCUUCCGAGCCGCCCCCUUCGGUCAGCGUCACCAAGACUCAGACAGUCACUCCAAAAACUGCGGAUAAGACUACCUCGAGCGUCACGCCCACCGCUACGAGCGCUCCAUCUUCCAAGCCGCCCUCGACGACCGUCACAUCCACCCUGACGACCCCGUCAACAUCUCCAGGUCCCCAGGACAAGAAGAAGCCGACUCCCACCACGACCCCCACCAACACAACCUCCUCAGGCUUCACGACCUCGACCAAGACCACCACGGCCACCAAAACCCCCAAGGCCACGGUCUACCCCGACGCCGACCCCCCGAGCUGCAUCAUGACCAGCCUCGGCUUCUGGAACCGCCAGUACCGCCUCCGCGCCUACAACGUCCCCGACGUCCCCGGCUACUGCCACCGCUACUGGGACGAGAUCCACCACCACGACCCGCCCUGCCACUUCCUCAGCCACGUCCACUGCGAGGAGCCCUACCCCAACGUCUUCGACAUGCGCUUCGAGGUCAUGCACCUCUGCAACGGCGGCACCGUCGAGAGCUCCUGGUGGGAGACCACCCACAACGAGUACGGCGGCAUGGUCUGCAGGGGCAGGGACGACCUGGGCCCGGACGAGUACCGGGACUGGCACGAUUGGGACGGGAAGAAUGAGCUUCACUAG